UGUCUAGCAUUUAUAAAAAUCAAAUGCAUAAUAUAAUACAUUCUAUAGGCGCUGCCUGCCGACAUCGUGCCUAUAAACUUCUGAAAUCAUUUGGUUCUAAUUUCAGUAAUGAUUUUGUUGUCAAGUCAAAUCCAGAACCAACAAAUCUAGCAUUCACAGGAUAUCGGCUGCACCUACAUACCGACCUAACAUAUUAUCAGCAAGAACCUGGAAUCCAGAUUUUACACUGCAUCCAAAAGAGUGAAUAUGGUGGAAUAAGCGAGUUUGCAGACGGAUUUAAAGUGGCCUAUGACUUACAGAAAGAAGAUCCAGAAACAUUUGACACUCUCAGUACUGUAGCACUCUCAUUCGUUAACCAUGGAUUACACAAGUCAUCGAAAGCAGAUUAUGUUUUGUGUGAUUGGAAACCAAUAAUAAGAUUAAAUCAGGAGGGUGAGAUUCAAAAAAUUGCUUUCAAUAACACUACCCGUGGCGCUUGGAUGAGUGUAGGUCCUGAUAAAAUAAAGACAAUCUACAGAGCCAUCAAAAUAUUCAACUCGGCCUUAACAAAAAAAGAAAAUUUAAUUUCUUUUGCAUUACAACAAGGUGAAGCGGCUUGUCUUAAUAACACUCGGGUACUGCACGGUCGUUCAGCGUUCACAGUUCCUCCAGGAUGUCAAACCCCACGUCACCUACAGGGGAUGUACAUUGACUGGGAUGAAAUCUAUUCCCGAAUGAGAGGAAUUACAGCUAAAUUAAAAUAAAUAUAUACAGCCUAACACAUCGAACGCACAAAUCGAAAUUUAACACGCAACUUUCUGUGUCUUCUUUAUUGUUAUUAGUAAGUCAUUUAAUCAGUAAUUCGGUCAUAUUUUAUAGUAUUUUUUUUUUCAAUUAUUCCUUUUUUGUUCGUGAUUUGUCUAGGUAUAUUUUAUGCUUUUCUUUGUGUGUUUUUAAUGCAUGGAUUUUUUAUUAACAAGUUAAAUAGAUUUGGUUUUUAAUUGUUUAGUGUAAAUACCACUCGAUUUUGCCCUUGGUCAAGAAGUAUUGUUAUGAUAUCUGAUGAUGAAAAAAUGUGUUAUAUAAUAAGUGUUACUAUAUAUAUUUUUUUUUUAUUCACACGUACAUUGGGAUAGAAUACGCCUAAUUGAAGAAAUAAAUAGGCCAUUUGAAAGUUUUUUGACCUGUUUUCAUAUGAUUUUAAAAACCAAAUCUUGUCAGCUUCUUUCCUAAUUCAUCCCAUUCUCAACUCUGCAAUAUUUUGGAAGUUUUUAGAGCUAAAGCCUAGCACACACUGCCCGGCGGUUGUGAAUGGAUGCGAUUUUAUGGAGAACGCAACCUCACGAUGCUCGUACACACAGACCGUUUAUAAUGACGUUCCGUUUAGACUUCCAUGACCAAAAGUAGGCCUAAUCAGCAGACGGCGGCGUCGCGUCGUCUAGCGCUCCCACCAGGGAGCGGAGUUGGAUUCAUCGUAGGGCCUACGACCGUCAUGCGACGGAGUUCCCAGACUUCACACACAACAUACUGGUACUCGAAAUGUGGUAAGAAUUGUCAAGACACAGGAAGCACCCCGAUUGAUUUGGUGGCAGCCGGACCAAUUCACUAAUUUAUAAAGUUUGUAUGCCAAGUUGUCCUUUUGACGCAACAUCGCGUUUUUGUUUGUUUGUUUGGUUUUUUUUUGUAAAGAAAAAUUACAGUAUUCAAGUAUUCGCAGUCUGUUUCUUUCCUCCUGUCUACUAUGGCAGCACACAGGAAACCAGCACACACACACACCACGGAAAGGAUAUUUUCUACCAUUAAUUUCACAAAACGCUGUAUUAUUCGCACAAAAUAUAAUACGAAUUGAGUCAUUAUCAAGGCAGAAUAGGCGAUACUAACUUCUGAGUUCAGUUCUAAACCCGGGUGCUUGCCUGGGUCCACUCUUGAGUAGAAGCGGUAAGAACAAUGCCCUGGACAUACCGUACUCUUUAAAAUAAUUUCUAUAUUUGGAAAAUUGAGAAACACAAGUGUCGGUGCCAACAGCGUGGGGUCUCGUGGAAGAAAACCCUGGACCUACCGUCGGGAAAUAGUAAAGAACACUACUUUACAGUCUCAAAGAGCCAUUUCUGGGCUUACCUCCGCCCCAACCAUACUAGGCCUGAGGUGUGUGUCAAUCUCCAGUUUCGGGACUUGGACCUCAAUAAAGUUUCAAAUAAUUGGUUGGAUGCUAUUGAUAAAAGAAAAGUUGUUGGAUUAGUCACACUUGAUCAUAAUAUUGUUAUGUAGGCCUAUGCAUGGUUUAGAAGCUAAGUUACAUUCCGGGCCCCCUUACUAUUAUAAUUUUUAUAAAUGAUUUACCAAAUCAUGUGGUGAGUGUUUUAUAGGUAGGCUUUGUGUAGGCCUAUACAUGAUACUGGAAUUUACUAUGCAGGUAGAAAGUUAAAUGUAGGCCUAGGGGAAAAUAAAAGCAAUCUUGAACAAUUUUAUUCCAAUCAAUAAAAUACGAAUUGCAUAAUUUUGAUAUUAUUAAAGCACAAUGGGCUAUUAACUUCCAGCUCAAUUACAGAUUGCAAAUCUGGGUUCUUAUCUGGGCUCAAUAUUAACAUCCAAAUUAUGUUUGCUGCAGGAUAGUAUGAACAAAUGAAUAAUAAUAAUAAUAACAAUAAUAAUAAUAACAGUGCUCGAAUAUAAGAACAAGGUGUUAUAAUCAUAUCGAGCAUAACCUCAACCCCCCCCCUAGGGGCGAAGCCAUAUUAAUAUUUGAGGGGAGGGUCAAGCCUUGUGAGCGCAGCGAGCAACUAGGCUGAGGCCAGGGGGACGACGGGCAGGGUCCAGGGAAAAUUUGCGUUAUUUUACGCGAUAAAAACAGAAUGGAGAUAUUUACCACGUUGAACGCAAUUUCUAAACAAGAAAAUACAUUUUUGAUGUGAGAUUUCACUUCCCUGCUUUCACCAACAAAGGUUAAUAAUUUUAUAAUCAUGAACUUCUGAUGAAUGCCUAUUUUGAAAUAGGUCUUAAACGCAGGCACAUGUUAGUACCUACUACAGUACAAUAUAAGCAUUUUCUUGGACGUGAGAAAGUGCAUUGCUGUUUAUCUUAUUAUUGCUUUUAUAUUAUUAUUAUUAUUAUUUUAUUUUAUUUUGAUAUGUUAUAUGAUGAAUCUUAAGUGAAUAUUAAUUAUCUUUUGUAACCCGUUGGUAACAUUGGUUGUAAGGUUAUAUCGGUCAUAUCAAUAUAUCAGGAGUUACUCAUAAUAUUAUAUCCUAAACCUAGUUGUUAAUGUUGUUCCUAGGAUUAUAAUCCUAUAUAGUGAACGUUUAGUAUAUAUUAUUGGAGUCGUUACUUGUUAUAUAGUAAUCUUUUUUAAGCGGUUGUUAAUGUUAGUUAUGAUACUGUACUGAUAUUGUAUUGAACGUUAAUUCGUAGGAUUUCUUCAUUAUCGCAACACAUUUCCUUUAUCAGGUCUAAGAAUACAUAUUUAUAGCGUAUGAUUUUUAAAGUAUUAAUACGUUUGGCAUCACAAUUUAAGUUGCGGUUAUCAAAAUCAAGAAAGUUACAUGUCAUGACACGAAUUUAGUUCUUAAUCUCUUCACGUUUAAUAAAUGAUUUAGGUAGAGCAUCAGCAUUAUGAAGUUGUUUCCAAAUUGAUUCUGCAUAAACAAACAUGUCAGAAUCGUAUUAGCUAUGUCACCUACUAGGGGUAAUGUUUUGAUUGGUCAAACACUCUUAUACUUAUACUGCAUAUAAGCUUGCAAAUAUGGCUACACUACUGCAUGCCGGUUGUCGGCAAUAUAAUACCUUCAUAUUAGUCUACGUUAUACAGCCACUGCCGUGCAUCUACCACGUUAAAAUAACAAUUACUGUACAAAUAAAAAAUAACUUGCGAGGCACGAAAUGACGUUUGCAACUAGACUAUUCAUACAUCAAAAGAAAUAAAAAAUACUCACAUGGAGUUGGCGAAAGAUGGAGAUCAAAUGAAAAAACGAGGUAUUUUAGCAAGUAUUUAAAACUUCUGUAUUUUAGGCCCUCGCCAAAAUGCCUAAAGCAUUGAUUUUUUCCAACAAAUUUUUCGCCAGGCGAUCGGUUAGCGAGAGCCCAGACUGAACACUGAAAAACUUUGCGUUGCGAUGUCAAAACAAAAUGUCAAGUUACCUGCUGCAUAAUGUAGGCCAGGGGUGGGUAUAAAAAUUGGUCGGAGGGCCAAAGUGAAUUUUUGAUUCAACAGAGGGCCACGCCCAAACUUUUAUGUUUCCAGCACUUCCACUUCCAAAAACCUUAUGCACUGCUUUUAAUAUACCUCUUGAUGCUCAGUUUUAAUGUUAAUUUUUACAGAUGAUCUGUUGUAGUCAAAGAUGGUUGGCGGGCCGCACAAAUAGUUUUUAAUUCAUUUUCAGGGGCCGCAAAAGAUCACUGUCGAGCCCCAUUCAUUUGUGAUGCCCACCUGUGAUGUAGAUUACAUUAUGUUUCAUGUAUGAAGUUAUUUACUUUGAACUAGCAAAGAAACAUAAACAAUUACACCAACUUUAUCGUAAAAAAAUCUGUAUUUAAUAACCAUGGCAUAAAAUAGAACAUUUUAAUUCUUUUUCUGUACACCCUACAAUUAUAAUAUAAUGCAACAAAUAUCCUAAAUAAAUAUAAUUCCUAAUUAUUGUAGAAAACAAAUUGGACCCAAAGAGAAACAUUCAAAGUUUUAACUUUAGAAUGUAAACAUUAAAAAAAAAAA